UCUUUCAGAUGUAUUUCAUUAACAUUAAUACAAAAUUUCAAGAAAGGAAAUGAAGUACUCUAAAAAUAAUUAUUAAGACAAGAAAUUAAUUACUGAUAAUUAUACUAUUACACAAGUGAUCCAAUGCAUAAAAGAGCGACAGACUAAACCGACGCAGUGGUACGAACGGCGAAAAAAGCGGACACAUUCGUAGAAAAUGGUGAAUUUCAAACAUUCAAAAUUGCAUCAAUGGUUAUAGUUAUUAGUUCAAGUAAGGCUUAAAAUUAGUGUUAAUAAUUUUUUAUUUUUUAAUUAAACAAAGUUUUGAUGAUUGAAAGUAAACACCUUUCAUUUACGUAUUAAAAUAUUUUAUUUUAGCUUGUGUUCAAAACUUGUAGACGUAUGUGCAUAAAUCGAUAUUGUCAGCUUUACUAUGAACAAAUACGCAGUCAAGAAUCGGUUUCGACCCCCCAUCAUGACACACGGGCGCCUGACUUCCCUUAUGACGUGACAAAUUUGACCAAUAAGAGUCAUUUUUCUGAGGAUCCGAGCGGGGAUAAUUGCAAUCUUUAAAAGACAUGCAAGCGCUUGUUACGUCAUUCGGCUUAUUCUUUCUGCAGAGAUCCCUUACGAGAGGGGCGACUGCCCGUGCAUAUCCAUACUUGCUGCACGUUAGAGUGAUACGAGAGCGGUACAGUGUGGAUCCGAGACUUGUGAAAAGUGGCCGUGCGUUUCUAUACUUGAUUCAUACUCGAUCAAGGUUUCUUCCUGCGCUAUUCGAUCUGGCACUGGCCCGAGUACAGUAUUCUUGCCGCUAGCAUCACUAACGAGUAAUCUCGGCCUCAGAAAUCACGGCUUGCUGAGAUAAGAGUGUCAGGUAUUCAACGCCUCUGUACAGUGUCGUAACUAGGGCGGUACCGUCGAUGCCCCCGCACCGGGUGCAAGCUUUAGGGGGGCGCAGUCAAGAUGAUAAAAUUAAAAAAAAUUUGAAAAAAAUUAAAAAUUAAAAAAAAAAUUGAUGAAAUAAGAUUUUUAAAUACUUCAAAAGUGAUAUAUGACAUGUCAACAUUUUUUUGAAAUUCAAAAUUUGAUUUUCAAACUCAAAUAUCCAACUCAGGGGCUCUUAUUUUCUUACAUUUUUUCUACAUAUUGCGUCAUUUACCAUGGCAUUGCUUUUUUUCAUUCUUCACGAGUUAUGCAAAGCUUAUGCAGUUUAUUACAUAACAUUGAUGUGUGAGUACAUAUGGUAAUUCAAUGUGCAUAUGCGUCACAAGUUACCAAAGUAUUGUGUCAUGCUUACAAUUCUAUAGACUGUAACUUUGUUUAAGUCACAAAUAAGUGCACUAUACUUUAAUCCAUGUACUUAUUCCAGCGAUACAUAACUCAUUUAUUUUGUUAUUACUUUAUCUCAUAUUACUUAUUUUGCGUAAUUACAUAAUAUUAUUAAUUUUAUUUACCGAGUAAUUUACAUGGGCUUUUAACGUCCUAUAGCUUAUUUGAUUUAACACUACGCGUUGAAUAAGUAUUAAUCUCUAGUUUAGUCAUAAAUAUUUAUUAUGUGAUACAAUCUUUAUCCCUAUUAUUUUUUGUGUCUAGCUAUUAAUCCAUUGAACAGAUCGAAUAGUGCAGGAAGAAACCUUGAUCGAGUAUGAAUCAAGUAUAGAAACGCACGGCCAUUCCUCGCAAGUCUCGAAUCCACACUGUAUCGCUCUCGUAUCACUCUACGAGCGAUUAAUUAUUUAACCGAGAUAGAUUUUAUUUAUGCGUUGCAUCCUUUGCAAUUUAAAUGCGUUGUAUGCUUUGAAACUUAAUUAUUCUAUGUACAGAAAGUUGUUUUGCGAUAGUCUAUCUUUGGCAAGUUAUUGUUCUUUGUUUAUGGGAUUAUUUUAUUUUAACCAGUUUGUAUUCUGCCUUCUUGCUUUAUAUCUAUACAUUUUAUUGAUAUUUGUUUACUUAUUCUCAUUUAUAUUAAUAUUAUAACAGAUUCACUUUUUGUGUCUACUUUAUUUGAUUUAUUCGCCGCCUUUCAUUUUCGCCUCUUUCUUGAUUCUGCAUACUAGCGUCUUUAUUAAACAGCUUGAUUUCAAAUAAAUGCCAUAAACACAAUUAUUGUCCAAUUUAAAAAAAACUAAAGAUUAUUUUAAAGAAGAACAUGUAUGGAAUAUGAAAAGAAAAAUUUUUACACACAGUUUUAAUAUUUAAACAAUAUUAAUAUUUAAAUUUAUUUGUUGAACGGAAAAUGUCGAAAAUUCGAACAUAAUCUAAAUUAGAAGUCAAAUAUAUGAAUGGUGCCAACUGCCAACUCGUGCCAGAAAGUUCUACACAAAUACUUGUUCAAUGAGUAUCUGACUUGUGCUAUGAGAACGCAGGAACGCAAGUAAUUUCGUCACGAUGGGUACUGAUGCCAAGAAAGGAAGAUACACGACGCCAGGGGGCUCGAAGACAUGGGAGUAUCUGGCUAUCUUUAAUUGUUCAAUUAUAAGCUUGUGCAUUGGAGCGAUCGUAGGAUGGGACUCGCCGAGCAUCGUGAAGCUAAUGGCGUCGGACUCGUCGAUUCCGGUUACCGUCUCUAACGUUUCCACCCUCGUAGCCAUGGUUGCCAUCGGUCACAUAUUGGGACCGAUAAUCAAUCGACUCAUAGUCGAUAGGAUAGGCCGAAGAAAGGCUAUCAUGUUCAGUGGAAUAACGUCAAUCGUCUGUUGGGGCCUGAUUGCAAUCGCUACGAGUAUCUGGGUUCUCUACGUGGCCAGACUCAUGGGCGGUCUGUGUUUAGGCCAAUUCAUGUGCGUAUUCACAAUGUACAUCGGGGAAAUUGCGUCGCCGAGCACUCGAGGCGCCGGAGGAGCCGCGAGCAUGAUCAUGUUCAACCUCGGUAUUCUCAUGAUGUUCACCAUCGCACCGUACCUGUCGAUAUCGACAGCGGCGGUGAUCUGGUUGACCGUGUCCAUUGGUUUCACGAUCGCUUUCUGGUUCAUGCCGGAGUCGCCGUACUACUUAGUCAUGACGGAGAAAACGGACGAGGCGGAGGCGGCGUUGGAGAAGUUGCGCGGCAAGAUGGACGUCUCGGAAGAGUUGCGGGCGAUCGUCACGUCGAUAUCUAACGAAAAACAGCACCAAAAGACCAGUAGUGUCAGGAGGCUGAUGACUGCACACGCCAGUCGUCGUGCCUUCAUCAUCAUCAAUUUGAUCACGGUCACCCAUCAGAUUGGGGGCUUCUUUAUGCUGAUCAUAUAUGGCCAGCUGCUCUUCAAGUCCGCUCAGCUUCAGAUGAUCUCCGAACACACGGCCAAUAUCAUAAUCGGCGUGGUGCAGGUGGCCUCUGCGACAAUCACGAUCUUCCUGGUCGACAAGCUGGGCCGCAAGCCACUGAUACUCUUCUCCGGCUUAACUGCCGCCACGUCAAACCUCGUGAUCGGCGUCUUCUUUUAUGCGAAGGACUACCUGGACGUGGACGUGUCCGCGUAUUCAGGGGCGCUGCUAAUUUCAGCGGUGCUGCUGGUGUUCGCCUUCAAUUGCGGCCUGCUGCCCAUGCAAAUGAUUCUGAUGUCCGAAAUGUUCGCCACCGAAGUCAAGGCACUCGCCACGUGUCUUCUGGCUACCACCAGCGGCUGCUUCGCCGUGAUAGCGGCGAAGGCUUACAUUCUAGUGGCCGUCACGUGGAACUACGGCCACUCGGUGCCUUACCUUGCAUUCUUCGUGAUCGUGACGGUAUGUACCGCUCUGAUUCUCCGCCUCGCGCCCGAGACGAAAGGCAAGACCUUUGUGCAGAUACAAAAGGAGCUGAACGAUUGAAGCGGCGGAUCGAAGGACGAAGAAUCGGCGCUUCCGGUUCGACCCGUAGGAGGAUCCUCUAUUGAAUACCGAGAGAGCAUAUUGCCUCUCGUAAAUUGUGCGUCUUAAAGAAAGAUAAUUUCGUACUGCGAGAGAUCUCAACGCGAAAAUCUCUAUCUCUACCCUUCGACGUUCGCUCUCAACGGGGAUCGACAGGAAGGAGGAAAUUGAAAAUUGCAGGUGGAAAGUCGAAGGAGAUGACCCUUCAAGAUGCACGAGCGAGCGAAUUUUUGGGCGGCCACGUUGAAAUUGCUCGCGACAUUGAUGCACGUGAUAGGAGUGAUAGUUUAUGCGGUGUCUCGAGACUCGCCGGAAGUAUACUACGCCGUAUCGAUUUGUCGAUGCCACGGCGACUAUGUCGUUUAUAUCUCGCCCCGGAGAAAUUAUAUAUUCACAGAUGUACAAACGAUGUCGGAUGAUAGCCCAAUAAAGAAAUGCCAGCAAUCAAGAUGCCAGAGAUCCGCUCACAUUAUGCGUUAUUCCAUACUGUACGGUUGAAUUGAUUUGAAAUUGAAAUAAUGAAAAAUUAUUUGACGUUAAGUUUAACGCAUGUUUAAAACGGCCCUCUUAAAUUUUUAUGUUAAUUUAAUAAGAUAAAUAUAUGUUAGAAAGUGAUACAAAAAUUACAU